AUGGCCACGGAAACCGAACAAGCAAUCAGUAUACUGGAAAAUACAGCCCUACUAUUGAGGAGAACCCAGCUCAAUUUAUCAAAAUGUCCCAAACAACGACUGGCUAAAGUGGGCUACUUACAAACCAGAAUAAAAACAAUCGAAGAAUACUGGAUGAUCUUUAAAGAAGCCCAUAAAAAAUUAUUGACCUGUACCACUAGUGAGGAGCGUGGAUUGCUGCCAUAUUUCGAGAAGGAGGAACUUUUUUCAUACAAGAAGAUUUGUACUUGUGUAUGUUGGGAGACUUAA